UUUGAUAUAAAAGGAACCAUUCCAUUAUCAAACAUCCAUCCACUUCAGGCUCUUCAAGAUCCAAGCCAUCAAGAUGCUGAAGUUCGGUGUACUAGUCCUGCUUCCGUUUGUCCUGGGAGGCGCCCCGCAUGGAUCCGGAUACGCCUCAAACAGGGCCAACAAUCAGGGAAAUAGACCCGGUCCAGCUAUCAACAUGGGAUCAUCUGGAAACAACAGAAUGUCAAUCACUAACUUUGGCCCGCUUCCAAACAAGCCCAACAACAUUCUAAAUCCAGUAAAUAGACAAAUGCGGCCAACUUCUCGAUACAAUUCCGAUGUACCUUACCAGUGCACCAUGAACAGUGACGCCGGAUACUUCUGUCCCUAUAGAUACAGGCAACCCAGUACACGGUAUUUUUUCAAUGUCAACUCCGGGAGAUGUGAGAGUUUCUACUACUUAGGAUGUGGAGGGAACCUAAACAACUACAGAUCACGAGAGGACUGCCUUAGUUCAUGUGCCUGCUUCAUAUACCCUGAUCAUGGAAAUUACUAUUGUCCCUAUGGUGGUUCUAUUCGUUGGUAUUUUGAUAAAUACUCGGGCACCUGCCAAUCUUUCUACUACAGUGGAUGCAAUGGCGGUAACGACAAUAAUUUCCAAAGUCAGCUGGAAUGCCAAUCGACCUGUGCACCAUCAAAUUAUGGACCAUAUAAUAUGUACCCAAUGCCUGGUGGAAGUGCUAAUGCCAAUGUCGCCAUGAACAGUGGCGCACAAUCAAAUGCCAACUUGGGCGGACCAGUUCGGCCAAAUACACCUCAACAAACUUUGCCAAACAUCUCGAAUGCACCCAUGCCAAAUAUCCCAAAUGCACCCGUGCCAAAUGUCCCAAACGCACCCAUGCCAAAUAUUCAUGUUGCAUCAAAAGAAAAUAUCCAAAACGCACAUAUGAUCAACAUCCCAGCUAAUGUUGGCGUUAACAUUCCCGUCAAUAUGCCUAAUAUACUGAAUGCACCUAUGCCAGAGCCAAAUUUCCAGGGAGUACAUGGAAUUAACAUGCACGGAUCAAUGGGCAAUGAAGCUUCUACCAACGGCCUCAACAACGGAAAUAACGGGGUCAAUAUCAACUCUAUUGCUCAAAUCUGGAAGAUGUCAACAAAUGGUAUGGAUGCUGAUAAACCACCUAACGGAGUGAAUACGAUUUACCCUGGUAGACCAAACAUAAAGAAAUCUGGAUUGACAAUGUAUUAAAGAAAUAAAGUAGAG